CAUGUGUUAGGAUCUUUCUUGUAUGAAGUUUUGGAUGCUAUAUUGUUUGAUUAUAAUCGAUUGAGGCAUGAUUUAUAGAAUCAAUUGAAGCCUGAUCAUCUUCUCUUGAUUUCUGCUUUAACCUUUGAUAGAUAGAAUCUGGUUAGGUUAAGAGAGCUUCCUUGAUUGAUAGUGGUGAAUUGGUUGUGCGAGAGUCAAUCAAUUCACUGCUUUGUACUGGAAUUCAUUCCAGUAGUGGAGAUCUGUGUGAAUCGCCUUAGCUGUCUAUCCCGGUGAAGGCUAGUCGCCUGCCGGGUAUUCUGUCUAAGAGGGCUUGGUCAGCUUAAGAGAUUCCAAGCUAAUUUAAGAUCUUUCGCAGUUUAAUCAACAGUAGAUCAACCAAAGGUAAUUGCAACUUGGACCUAAUUGAGGAGAUAGGGGGAAUCAUACCUAAGUGAGUUCCCAACUUGUAAUUAGUAGAGUUGUCAGUAGAGUAGUUUACAAAUCAAUCCUUAAUCUAGUUUGCUAGAUAAUGAACUGAAGCUGAGUAAUAGUAACUCUAGAGACCCGUGGAUUCGAUAUUUAUUACUUGUGCCACUAUACUACAGUCCCUUUCAUUGGUUACACUUGGCCAUUGUUAAGUGUUGUGUUUUAGCGUGUCAGCCCCCUUCCACUUCACUGAUGCAUGCAUAGUGGCAUUUACGACCUUGAAGGAGAGCUCACCCAAGCUCCUAUCAUGGUUGUUCCUGACUGGUCCCUACCAUUUGAGCUUAUGUGCAAUGCCAGUGACUUUGCUGUUGGAGCUGUCUUGGGGCAGAGGCGAGAUCAACACUUCCGAUCUAUCUACUUCGCCUCGAAGACCCUAAAUGAUGCCCUGGAAAACUACACCACCACAUAGAAGGAGCUGCUCGCGGUGGUGUUUGCCUUUGACAAAUUUCGUCCUUAUCUGGUCUUGUCCCAUGUGACCGUUUAUACAGAUCACUCUGCGAUUCGAUACCUGAUGAGCAAGGCUGAUGCCAAGCCUAGGCUCAUACGAUGGAUCUUACUAUUGCAGGAGUUCGACAUUGAGAUUCGGGACAAGAAGGGAGCGGAGAAUGUUGCAACCGAUCACCUCUCCCGUAUGGACGCACCUCCUGCGGACAACCUCGAGGAGGAGAUCAACGACUCCUUCCCGGAUGAGAGACUGAUGAUGAUGUACUUGGUGGAGAGUGUCACCCCUUGGUACUCCGAUUUUGCGAACUAUCUGGUGGGCCAGCAGCUGCCCAAGGGGAUGACAACUCACACAAAAAGGAAAUUCUUCUCCGACCUGAAGCAUUACUUCUGGGAUGAUCCUCAUCUCUUUAGGAUCGGAGCCGACGGGAUCAUCUGUCGCUGUGUUAUGGAGAGUGAGAUGGAGGGCAUUCUAUCUCACUAUCAUGAAGGACCUACUGGCGGUCACCAUGAAGGAAACCGCACGGCGAGGAAGGUGCUACAAUCGGGCUUUUACUGGCCCACGCUCUUCAAGGACGCAGACACCUUCGCACGCAGGUACGAACGAUGCCAGAGGUUAGGUAACUUCUCUGCCCAUGAUGAGAUGCCCCAGAAUGUGUUUAUAAUUUGUGAGAUUUUGAUGUCUUGGGUAUCGACUUCAUAGGCCCCUUCCCUCCAUCUUUUGGUAAUACCUAUAUCUUGGUUGCUGUUGACUACGUCUCUAGGUGGGCCGAUGACACGCCACAACACAACACCAAACUGCGACCAAGUGUAAUCGCAGUCCAGGAAUGCAGUAAAAUGGCAAGUUCUAAAUAUCAACCCGGGGUCUAGAUCUACUGCCUACUCCGUGAUUAUCUAUUAUCUAGCAAACUAAGUCGAUUGAUUAUGGUCUUAACUGAAAGCAGAAAGAAAGCAGGAAUUGGUUUGGUUUUCUCAAGCAAAAGAAGAGUCACUCGGGAAUGAGUCCCCCUAGCUCCUUAGUUAGGUCUCAGUUGUAAUUACCCUGGGUUGAUUCACUGUUGAUUAAACUGCCGAAGAUCCGACAGUAGCUUGGAAUCUCUUAAGCUGACCAAGCCCUCUCAGUCUAACUACCCGGCAGACGACUAGUCUUCACCGGGAUAGAAAGCUGAAGCAAUAAGCACAGAACUCCACUACUGGAAUUGGAUUCCAGUACAAAGCAGUAGACGGACUAACUCUCGUAUAGCCAAUCUACUACUACCGAAUGAAGAAGCUCUAACAACCUAAUUAGAUUCUAUCUAUCUCAGGUUGCAGCAGAAAUCAAGAAAAUAUGAUCGGACUUCAAUUAAUUCAAUGAAACAUGCAUCAUUCGAUUAAAACCAAACACUAUAAUCAUCUCAAGUCAUUACAAUCAUGAUCCCUAACGCAUGGAACUAGGGUUCUUCAUACCCAAGUGAGAGAAGGGUUCCACUCCACAGAGAGAGAGGAAAACAGAAAUCAGAGUAGUCAUACUCAUAAAGAUGAUGAAAAUAUGCUCUGGGAUGAUGAUUUUCACUCCUAUGAUGAUCUCCAAUCUCGAUUUGAUGAAACCCAGCUCUAAGAUCGCUUCUAGGAUGUGUUCUUCGCACUUUCUCUCUUUAGGGCUCUGUUUUUGCUCUCCAAAGUCGAUUCCCUCACUUGUGGCUCAAAAUUGGGUAAAAACUAGAAUUCACGACUCAUACGGGCAGGCCACACGGCCGUGUGGCUUACCCAGAUGCCCGUGUGAGAGUCAAAACGCCGAGUUUCGAUUAAUUGGACUUCAGACUACCUACAUGGCCAGGGACACACGGCCGUGUGGAAUCUCCAGCAUGCCCGUGUGAAGCCUCGCUAAAUCCCACACGGCCACAUUGGUUCCUUACACGGCCGUGUGGGUUUUAUGAGUGCCCGUGUGGCUUCCUCAGCGACUCGCCACACGUCCGAUCUUCGUCCAAUCGACCCCGAACUCGCUCUCAAACCUUCAUUCACGUACUAGGACCUGAAAUAUCACAAACAAGCACAACCUAGUGUGAAAUCGGCCUAAAACACGAGAAUCAACAUCUCAAACGGCUCAAGAAUAGGGAUAAAAACAUGUGCAAUUAACGGUUUAUCACUAUGCGAUCCGCCGUAGCCAGUCUAGCUCGCUGUUGUCUCUUGAGUUGGCGACAGGUGCGUUCAAGCUCAGGAUCCAACGCCAGUAAACCUCCCGACUAGCUACGAGUCAUGCACUACCUACACACAGUCAAGCAAGCAAACCCGUGAAGGCACAAGUGUGACAAAGCAAACAACGCUAAAACAAAAAGCUAAAUUAACAGAAUUCACAUUUUUUUAAAAACCUAGACGUCCCCGGCAACGGCGCCAAAAACUUGACUCACUCCUACUGUCACUCUAGAAAAUGGCCAAGUGUAACCACUUCCUAAAGCGUAGUAUAGCAUGUUUGAGUUUUAAUGUCAACCCGGGUCCUAGAUGUGAUGACUGCUCAGUGAAUUCUUAUUAUUUAGCGGUGAAACUUUAGUGCAGGUUCAAAUAAGCAAACAAGCAAAGC